CUCUACUGUUUUAACUAUGAGCUGGUGAGGGACUGGCUCUGCAGGAAGGCCUGGCUGGAGGAGGCCACGUUCAUGAUCAGCUUCACAUCUGGGGCUAUCUCCGGGACGGUGGCCGCGGUGCUGACACUGCCCUUUGACGUGGUGAAGACCCAGCGGCAGAUAGAGCUGGGGCACAGCGAGGUGCGCCCAGCCCCGGCCUCUCACCCGCUCCCCUCCUCCAAACCUUCCUCCACGUGGCUCCUCUUGCAGCACAUCCGCGCAGAGUCCGGCACCCGGGGGCUGUUUGCAGGCUUCCUGCCCCGUGUCAUUAAGGUGGCCCCUGCCUGCGCCAUCAUGAUCAGCACCUAUGAAUUCGGCAAGACCUUCUUCCAGAAGCUGAAUCAGGAGCGGCGGGGGGCGGCUGUCCGGUUCUCCG